UCAUGCACCAAUUGGUCUGUUAUCAAACACCAAAGGAUUCUGAAUACAACACAGAAAAUUCCCACUAAUAAGUUCUCCAGUAUUAGUAUCAUCAUAUCUUAGAUACUAUGGAUUUUGAGAAAGAGAAUUUGAUGAAAAUUCUUACCAGAAAUUCUUCAGUGGGGUGUUCUUCUAGAAUAUUCUAUUACUAUGGUAGUGGUGAAGGGGUUCCGUUCAACUGGGAAAUGAAGCCUGGAAUUGCUAAGGAUCCACCAAAGGAAGAGCUUCCUCCUCUCAGUCCUCCUCCUGCUCUUGUCAGCUUAGCCCUUCCCAAACCAUCCAUUCAUGGAAACCCUAAACCUUCGACCGCCUGGUCCAGGUUGCGGCGUCGUCUAUGGAAGAGGAUCACGAAAGCAAGUCAGAAGAAGAGGUCACUCCCAGAAUGUCCCAAGGAUGAUAAUGAUGAUCAUGUCAAGGAUUUUAUGUGUUUGAAAGGUUUUUAGAUUGCAGUUCCGAUUUCGAGUCCUUCGCUUCACCAUGUGAUUCAAGGUCGUCUUCAUCUUCUUCCUCAUCAUCACCGUGUCGUCCGGCAAUGCAGGCAACAAGAUCAGAAUGUUCUGCUGGAGAGGCAUAUGGAAGGCCCUUGAGUUUAUGCAUUCCAAUGCAUUUUGCCAAGACUCUGGUUCCUAUUAUGAAGCGGGACUAAUUUGUAUUAUGUAGACAUGUAAUUUCUUAACCACAUAUUUGAAUGUCUUUUUUUUUAUACUAAAUACUAUGAUAAUUUUACUUUUGUGGUAGUUUUAUGUUUCUUUCAAAUGCUAUUUGAUUAGUUUGUGCCGAAAAAUAACGUGUUCAUGUUCAUGUGAGAAUAUCUUCCCAGUUGUGCUGUUUUAAUUAAUUGUAUUUUGUUUUGUACAUGUGAUAGAUCUGCUUAGUUUCACUAACAAUUUUUUGCAUAUUAGGCACAUUAAUUAUUUCAGAUUUUUACUUAUGAUCAUUCAUGUAUUCAACAAGGUUGA